AUGAAAAAAUUAUUAUUAAAAAGAGUUUCAUCGGUGAGAGGAGUUUCAUCAUCGGGGAAGAUUUUUCAACUCAAUUCCAAAUAUAUUACAGCUGCUAAUUGUAAUUGCAAUAAUAGUAUAAUUAAGAAUCAGUUUUCAACAAGUACAAAUACAAGAAAGAGUUCAAGUAUUGACAAUGAUCCACUGUUAAAGAUUUUGGAUUUUGCCAAACAAGAAAAACUCAAGGAGGAUGGUUUUAAAAAGACAAAAGAUGGUCGAUUCUUUACAAAAACAUACAUUGAUCCGGAAAUGAUGACUGAGGAUGAACGUGAUGAAUUUCAAAAUAGAGGUAUUGAAUUUGAGGAUGAAAAUGAAUUUGAUAAGUGGAUGAAGAAUUUAGAAAAGGAAGAACGAGUUUUACAGAGAAAGGCCGAUGAAGCUUUCUUACAAACUGAUUUACCUUCCUCAAUGAAAAGUUUUAGUUUUUCUGAACUUUUGGAUGAAGCAGAACAGUACCUCAUUCAUGGUAAACCAAUUCCACAUUUUAACACAUUGCCAAGUCACAUUCCACUAGGUGAAAAGGAAGAUUUACAUCAAAGACCUGACUUUUCUCACUUUAAAUCACAACCACCAACACUUAAAGAUAUCAGAGAGACUGUACAAUUUACAGAGUCUAAUGAAGAGGAAGAUAGUUCACCUUCUUCUGUAAAGCAAAGGAAAAAGGAAAUGAUUAGAAAGAGUGAUGGUAAAAUUGACCACGUACAAUCAGAGAGAAACAUGUACUAUCAAGCUCCAAAAACACAAUCUACAACACAACCACAAGAGAAACAACAAACACCAGUGGAAUAUAGUACACCAGAUGAUUAUGAAAGAAUCAGAGUUCCAGAAGAUGCUUACUCUGCAUAUUACUAUUUUAGAAACGAGGUAUACAUAAGAGGAUUGGAUGUUCCACGAACAAAGGAGGAGGAGGAUGAGGAAAUUGCUGACUUUUUCAUUGAGGCCUAUUCGAACCAAAACUCUGUACAGCAUUAUUUAGAUGAUCCACUUGUUAAGCAACAGCUCUUGAAGCACUAUGACAAGUUUGAUAAGGUUGUUGACCAAAUAACGGUAGACCAAAUGCCAACACCAGCUUCUGUUUUGACUAAGGCUCUAGAUAUUACAGAAGCAUCUGAUAAUCAAAAACUGAAGAGAGAGAAAAAUAAUGACAAAUUCUUCGAUCAUUUGAGUGAAUUGAAUAGAAAGUUACACGCCAAAGGAGAAGUAGUAUACAAAUUCCAAUAUAAUCCAACAACUAAACGUAUUGAGAGGACACGAUCUGUGAUAGAUGAAGACAAGUCAUUGGAAGCUAUUCAAGAAAAGGAUUUGAAUACUGAAGAUGUUGAAAAGGAAGAACCAAUAGUAGACUAUGAUAAGGAAGGUCUUAACCAACUUGAAAUUGAAAUGCUUGACCAAUACUUUAAAGAUAUGGAAGCAGAACAGUCCAAUAGAUCAUAUAGAGACGAGGCAUCAACUGAGGAAAUUCUUUUGAGCAGACUUAUGAAGCGAGUGAAUCCAAAGAAGGAUGAUAUUGAAGAGUUUAGUGAAACUGAAUUGCUUGAAUUGCAAAAGUUAGUGAAACAAAACAAGCAUAAAUUUGCAGAACUAGAAAGAAAGAGUGGCACUGUUAAAGAACCACUUCCACCAUCUAAAAACAUGUUCAUGCCAUCCCAAGAUGAACUUGAAAGGUCAUUCAAGGAAGAUUUUGGUGUUAAUAUCGGAGAAUUCCAAGAAUUGAUUGAACAAUAUCCACAAUUAGGAAAUUUAAUGGAAAAUAUGCAAGGAGAUUCUGAGUUUAUUUUCAAUUCCCUCUCUCAAUAUAUUGUUGAAAAUGGUGGUAUUCAAAAAUUGGAGCAUGACUUUAACGACAAGAGUAAGGUCAACAGAUCCUUUAAGGAAUGGGUCAAGGUGAAGAGAGAAAGUUCUGGACUCACAGAUCUCUCCACAGAAGAACUUGUCAAGGAAUUAGAAAAUAGGUAUAAAAAGAAUAAAUAA